CUGGAUUCCAUUUCCUCCCUGGGGACACCAGGUCCUAGGCAAGAGAACUUGAAAGGCUCUUCCCAUGGCAGUCUUAUUUCUCCUCCUUCUGCACCUCUGUGGGCCCUCCCAGGCUGCUGCUGACAACUUCCAGGCCAUCUAUGUUGCCUUGGGAGAGGCAAUGGAGCUACCAUGUCCCUUACCACCCAUCCUGCAUGGGGACGAACUCCUGUCCUGGUUCCGCAGCUCUGCAACAGGCUCUUCCACUACCCUGGUGACCCAAAUCCAAGUGGUCAGCCCAGCCCCAGACCCUGGGAAAUCUGGAAGGGAACCCAGGCUCAAAUUGCUAGGGAACUACUCUUUGUGGCUAGAAGGAUCCAAGGAGGGAGAUGCUGGGCGGUACUGGUGUGCUGUGCUGGGUCAGCGCCACAAGUACCAGAACUGGAGAGUGUAUGAUGUCUCUGUGCUCAGAGGAUCCCAGUUAUCUGCAAGAACUGCAGAUGGAUCCCCCUGCUCUGUCCUCCUGUGCUCCAUGGUCCCUGCCAGACGUUUGGACUCUGUGAUCUGGCUGGAGGGGAAGAGUCCUGUGAGGGGCCAUGCACAGUCCUUCUGGGGCGAUGAGGCUGCUCUGCUCUUGGUGUGUCCUGGGGAAGGGCUUGCUGAGCCCAGGGGCCAUAGACCAAGGAUCAUCCGCUGCAUCCUCCCUCAGAAUAAGGGGAUCAGCUUUAGCCUGGCAGCCUCCACGGAUGCCUCUCCUGCCCCCUGUGCUCCUUCCACGGGCUGGGAUGUGCCCUGGAUCCUGAUGCUGUUGGUCACAGCAGGCCAGGGGUUCACCAUCCUGGUCCUCAGCAUCGUGCUCUGGAGGCGGAGGGUUCAGGGUGCUCAGUGCAGAGAUGCCUCAGUUCUUCAGUUCAAACCUGAAAUCCAGGUCUAUGAGAACAUCCACUUGGCCCGUCUCAGCCCACCUGCUCCCAAGACCAGAUGAUCUCAGUGACAUCUGCUGGAAAGUGACCUGCUGUUUCCCUGGCCAUCUGCCACCUAAAGGAUUCCCUGAAAAAUCUUGGCAAGAGGGGAGGGGCCGAGAGUGCUACUUCACAAUCCAGCUGGUCUCCAGUGGACAGGCUGUGUGUGUAUUGGGGUGGGGUCUGAA